GCCGACCAGCGCAUGAAUUAUGACAGACGGUCAGAGAGAUGCCUUGCCUGCUAUCCGUAUCUUGUUGAUUGACUCAUCCUCGUGUUCUCACCGUCUCACUCUUCCAUCAUCCCUCGUACCCCGCUGUGCCUUGCAUCUCACUACAUUCUGUCUUAGCCCAAACAGUUAACAUACCCAUACCUUCCCUGAUCGCUUGACACUGACCUCGGUUACCUGAUCGUUACUCUCUCUAGCAGCUUGUCCUAUCAUACUGCUACUGACUGUCUGCGCAACUUUUCACUACCUUUCACAUUAUUUCAAAAAUCGGGACCGUCGUCCGCCAUGGGGGCAGGCGCAUACCUCGAACCGCUGGUGGUGGUUGGACUGCUAUUUGGCGGUGCAUGGAUCAAUCGAGCCACUGAUCCCAAGCUGUCUGCAAGAGGCCCAUUCUGGAAUGAAUCCCUGCCCGAGGCUCGUCAAAUCGAAACCGACGAAGAUCUGGACAUUGAAGAUGCCCGGCUCUCACACUCCAAACGAUCCCUAUCACCUUCUUUACUGCCUUCGCAGGAGAACAAAUGGCGAGAAAGAGAAGUCAGGAUCAUGGGAUACCGUAGGGUUCUGCAGACACCAAACACGGCAGUGUUUCGGAAUCGACUGCUAAGCAGGCUUCUGCACAAGUUUCCCUUCUUGGUUGAGGCCUGGUAUUGGGCAUUGAUAUACUGGGUGUACCAACUCGGACGGGCAUUUACAGCGGUCACUGUCGUUGAGGGGACUGUUCAUGUCGCGCGCCGACAUGCCCUGCAGGUGAUCGCAUGGGAACAACGUCUGCAUAUCUUCUGGGAGAUACCUAUCCAGAAGUUCUUCAUGUCAUUUCCGCGCCUGAUGAUGUCUAUCAACUGGCUAUACUCUUUCAUUCAUAUCCCCGGGACCAUUGCGUUUCUGGUUUGGUUGUACUACUACACCAUCACGAGCAAUCGAGUGGUUCUACGUCGGGGUGCUGGGCCUCAAGGAAUCACUCAAGAAGGAUAUGGUUUAGCAGCCGGACCAGGUUUAUACGAGGCCCGCAGACGUACCAUGGCCGCUUGCAAUCUGCUGGCGUUUGUCGUUUUCACGCUUUGGCCGUGCAUGCCGCCGAGACUCCUGAGUGAUCCUGACUAUGAUGGUCCAGACGCCGAACUUGCCAAGAGCUUUGGGUUCGUGGACACGGUGCAUGGGAAACACGGGGCAAGCAGUGUAUGGACACAGAACAAGUUCUGUAAUCAAUAUGCUGCCAUGCCGUCUCUUCACUUUGGGUACUCACUACUUGUCGGACUGACCAUAAUGACCAUCCCACUCGCUCCUCAGCAUCGACGUUCACAAUCGAUCCAUCUACCUUUCUUCAACAACUCGCACCCUGAACUUGCACCCCAGAUCAGACUCCCCAGUAGGCGACGCCUGGCCUGCCUUGCCAUUGGCUUCACAUACCCCUUUGCGAUCCUCGUUGCCAUCGUCUCAACGGCGAAUCAUUUCAUUCUCGACGCGGUGGCCGGCGCCAUGAUCUGCGGGCUCGGCUGGAAUAUGAAUCGGAUGCUGCUGAAUCUGCUACCCUUCGAAGACUGGUUCUUGUGGGUGGUCAGGAUUCACAAGCCGGUACAAGUCUCGCUUGAGGAGUCCAAUGGCACGGAACCAGGGUUGAAGAAUGGUAGAAUGGAUGCUUGGGUGCCAGAACGACCUGUUGUGAUCAAUUCCAGUUAGGCCAGGCCUUCCCUCAAGACUACCACCGACCAAAACUUUUCAAGAAGUGGACGACGGGGCUUGAGAAAUGGUUGAGAGAGGACUGGUGGUUUCUCGAGACGGGCGCCAAGCCGAUACGUAUCGACCCGAUAAAGUCUCCCCCGAUGCCUGAUGAUUUUUUACGACGUUAUGCGCUCUUUUUUGCAUGAUUGAAAGACGACAGCUUACCGGUACUGGUACUGGUACUGAUCCGAGAGAUAUCGAUAGCCGACGCCUGCAAUCCAUACACGACGAUUCAUCUGCAUUUGUAGUUAACUGCACAUGUGCAGGGUAAUUGAAGAUGGUUACUUAAUUGUUAAUAGCAAAGUACAUAAUAUUUACAACGAGAAAAAUUUCACACUCG